GCUUAGCAUAUUCUGCUAUUUAUUUCGUACGUCAACCUCUCCAAACGGCCAUUUGCGUAUUCCACUCGCCGACCAUCGCCGGCGACUCCUGCUUCACUUCUCUCUUCGACGGCCCAAAUGGCGGCGUCACCAUCGGCCGCUCGCUUCGCAACCCUCUCCUUCGCAUUUCUGUUUCUGAACCUGCAUCUGAUCGCGCGCGGCUGUGCCGGCGGUGAGUAUCGCGGGGAGAAGUUCCAGCGCCGGGCGUCGCCGCCGGAGAAGAGCCUCCCGGCGAGGCCGGGGUCGCCGUUCAAGAUCGCUCUGUUCGCCGAUUUGCACUUCGGGGAGAACGCGUGGACGGACUGGGGGCCCCGCCAGGACGUCAACUCCGUCAAGGUCAUGUCCACUGUGCUCGACGAUGAAGCUCCCGAUUUCGUUGUAUAUCUUGGAGAUGUCAUUACGGCGAAUAACAUUCCAAUAGCAAAUGCAAGCUCGUACUGGGAUCAAGCUCUAUCUCCAACAAGAUCGAGGGGCAUACCCUAUGCUAGUAUCUUUGGAAACCAUGACGAUGCACCAUUUGUGUGGCCAUUGGAGUGGUUUUCCGCCCCGGGCAUUCCUCUGGUUCAAUGCCCUGUUGCAAAUUCAUCAUUUUCAGGAGAUUGCAGCUUCAGAGGAACCCAGCGUUUGCAGCUCAUGAAGAAUGACGUAGAGCAGAAUGCACUGUCCUACUCGAGUGAGGGUCCAAAGGAUCUGUGGCCAAGCAUAUCCAAUUAUGUCCUUCAGAUCUCGCCGACGGAUAAUCCUCAGUCCCCUCUAGCAUACCUUUACUUUCUCGAUUCUGGUGGUGGAUCUUAUCCAGAAGUAAUAUCAAAUGCCCAAUCUGAAUGGUUCAAAAACCAAUCGCUACAGAUCAACCAAGAUUCAAGGGUACCAGAGUUGAUAUUUUGGCAUAUACCUAGUAAAGCUUAUGAAAAGGUGGCUCCAUGGAUCGGUGUACGUAGGCCUUGUGUGGGCUCGAUCAACAUGGAGACCGUUGCUUCUCAAGAAGCUGAAACAGGGAUCAUGGAAAUUCUUCAAAAUCGGCCUUCUGUCAAGGCAGUAUUUGUUGGACACAACCACGGAUUGGAUUGGUGCUGCCCCUACAAGAAGCUGUGGCUAUGCUUUGCCAGGCAUACUGGGUAUGGUGGCUAUGGUAAUUGGGCUAGAGGCGCGAGAAUUAUUGAGAUAAGUCAACACCCUUUCUCUAUCAAGUCUUGGAUAAGGAUGGAGAAUCACGAUGUACACAGUGAAGUUGAUUUGAGUUCUUAAAAGCUUUCGAUGUACAGUGAAAAAAAGUAGCCAGAUGAUAAAGGGCAGUGUUGUCAUUUACACAUGUAUCUAGCUCUCGUAGAGAAUGUAUAGAAUAAUUUGUUGAUUAUAUCAUGCUGGUAACCCAUUCAUGAUAAUCUCGAUCACAAUGCUUGCUUGAAGAGUAAAA